CCUAUACAAACACAGGAACUGUUUCAUUCGGUAUCUGUACCCAUAAAUAAUCAUGAUUCUAAAACUACUAUUUAUAAUAAUGUGUCUGUUAAGUUUAACAAUGGGUUAUAUUCCGCACUUAAACCAAGACCCAUAUCGUGCCCUAUUGGAACGGACAUAUCGAACAGAUUACGAUGCGCCUGAGGAGACCACGGAUAAAAAACCAUUAAUAUUGACACCGCUGUUGAAGAAAAAUGAAUUAGAAAAGGCGAGGUCUGCUGCAGAAGUGAAAUCGAAUUAUACAUUGCCUGGAGUGAAGAGUUAUGCGGGGUACUUUACUGUCAAUGAGAAAUAUAACGGAAAUCUUUGGUUUUGGUAUUUCCCCGCGAUGAAUAAACCAGUGGAGGAAACUCCUCUCAUACUGUGGUUGCAAGGGGGCCCCGGUGCGUCAUCCAUGUUUGGACUAUUUGAAGAAAUCGGCCCGUUCACUAUCACAGAAAAUAUGGAAUUAAAAAAGAAGAAAUAUUCCUGGGGAGAUAAAUAUUCUCUUCUCUUCAUCGACAAUCCCGUUGGUACUGGGUUCAGCUUUUCUGAUAUAGAAGGAUACGCAACUAAUCAAACAACGAUAGGUGAAAACCUCUACUCAGCAUUACAACAGUUCAUGACAAUGUUCCCGAAUCUACGCCAAGUACCGUUCUAUAUCGCUGGAGAAUCGUACGCCGGCAAGCAUAUACCCUCGCUCGCUAUACAAAUCCAUUGGCACAAACAUGCGGAUGAACCUAUAAAUUUGAAGGGUCUCAUGAUUGGAAACGGAUUCAUCGACCCAAUAACAUUGCAAUGCACUAGUUUAUUUUUCCGAGAGACCGGCUUGAUUGAUGAUAGAACUGCGAAGAAUUUGUCCGUAAUAGAAAACAGAAUUGUGGAUGACAUUAAAAAAGGUCACAUGACCAAAGCCUCUUCGGACUUUAGGACUGGACUACAUUUUUUAAAUUUUGCUACGCUAUUACCCAAUCCCUAUAAUUAUUUAAGCGACAGCGAGAUUUUUUUAACGAAAUAUGAAAGGUUUAUACAAACAAAGGAAAUGCGUGAAGCAUUACACGUCGGAUCUACUAACUUUGUACAAAUUGGCGAUGUAUACACGAAGCUUAUACCAGAUAUGAUGAACAGCGCCAAGCCGUGGUUAAACGAGCUUUUGGAUCAUUAUAGAGUACUGCUUUAUAAUGGCCACUUAGAUACAGUAGUGCCUUACUCUCCAUCUGUUAACACAUACAAUUCACUGUCUUUCUCCGGUACAGCUAAAUACAAAACUGUUGAGAGAGAGCCUUUGAUUUACAAUGAAACGUUAUUAGGUUACUACAAAGAAGCUGGUAAUUUGCUAGAGGUAAUGGUACGAGGCGCGGGACACAUGGUGCCAUCAGACAAACCUGAAGCGGCUCUGGUAAUAAUCGAUAAAUUCAUUGGCUAGCUAGCUAAUGAAUUUAGCUAUUAAUAGAUUGUGUUAAUAAAAGAUUUUCAAUUUUGUCGAUCCUGUGUUUUCCUUUAAAAGUAGCAUUUUAG